AUGCAAUACCAAGAUUGUAUCAAUGCAUCUGGGUCCAGCAAGUCCACUGGUCUUUUCCAAAAGCUCUCGUGUCUGCAUCAAACGCAUGGCAUCGAAAUAGCAAAACCCAACAUCUCCCCCCGGACGUGUUGUUACCCGCCUCAUUAUUCCCUCAAGAAACAGGCAAUACACGUACAGAGUACCAUUAUUGAUAUAAUGAGUGGCAGCAACAGCAACAGCAAAAUAAGCACGAGUUCAAGUUCGGGCACGACUGUGGUGGGUGCGAAACCUUCUGCCAAAAAGGGUAGCAGUACUUCUGCAUCAUCCGCAUCAACUGCAGCUACUGCAGCUCCAGCAGCUGUGGCAGUUCCAGUAACUACUACCACUCCUCGAGCACCUUCCAAUAAUAGUAAUUCAAUCAAUGAUACCGCCCUUACGCGUGCUCCAAGCACGCUGAAGAAACUCCCAAGAGAAUCCUUUACCAAACAAACCCCGGCCCCUCCAAACUCGUUUCAAGAGGCUCUGGAGGAACUGGACGAGGAAAAGCAGAUUUCGUAUCUCAUGUUAGGAGCUACAGAAGUGCUUCCUGACUUUAAUGUGAAGCGAACUCAUCCUUACAGUUACUUCUUUUUCAAAAAGAAGGGAUACAAGCAAGUCUUUCAACCCAACAAGAACAUCAUUGUUCAGGAAAUCAAGCGUCGUCAGCCAGAAGCCAAACCGAAUCAGAACAAUCGUUCGAACGAUGAGCUGAUGGAAAUGUUGCGAGAGCGCUGGCCUCUUGUAGAGCCCGACAAACAGUACAUUGUCCAAAAGGAAAAGGACUAUCGCAAGCUUCUGGUGAAUGCUUUGCAUCCCAGAGAAGUGAUUUGUACGGACGAAUUGGCCAAUCUAGCCGCCGCAUCUGCCACUGCGGAAGGAUUGGCGGCUGUAGCGGCGAUUUCCGGGAGUCACAACAAUUCCUCUCGCAAACGCUCCAUUGGGGAGACAGUAGUGGAUCUAGCAUCAAGCCCAUCCAGAAGAAGUACCUUGGGCAAGGUUGUCGGGGGUGGUGGUGGCGGUGGAAGCAAUUUCCAUUCGUAUUAUGGCGGUGGCGGCAAGAGACGAACUAGUACUACUUCUAGUACAAAUGGCAAGAAUGGCCAUAGCAGCACUGCUAGUAGUAGUGCAUUGGAAACCAUGCUGCUUCACGCUGCCAAUGCAUGUGCAGACAAGUUGUCCUAUGCCAAUCUGGCCACCACCGUUGAAAGCUUGAAAAAGGAACGAUUUGACUUGAACUUGAAAAAGCUACCCUUGGUCAGCAAGCACACUCCAGGCAAUGUUCAAUCCAUUGCCUUUAUGGACAAUCGUAUCAAGGAGAUUACGGAUAGUAUCUUGGUGUAUGAAGCCAAGAUGGGAAUACCAGCAGCUUCGGCGGAUGUGUGA